AUGUUUUCGACAGUGCGAUGCAGUUCCGUGCUUGCGUUUCUGGUGUUUAUAAUUGCAGUGAUCGAAGAUGAAGUAGAAACAUUGGACGCGUUCAACGGUAAUAACACCUCUCCGGAUGCUGAAUCGGCUGUAUAUCGGGAUUCGAUAUGCGGGACAAUGCCACUCCUCGUCAGUCGUAUCAGCUACGGACACUACGCGGCAGAGGGCAACUGGCCCUGGCACGGGGCGCUGUUUCGGGGUUCGGAUUAUAAAUGCGGGUGCACUCUCAUCAACGAAUGGUUCGUCCUAACAGCAGCUCAUUGCGUGUUUAAUCCGGAAACGGAAGCCAGAUUCGAUCUGCGAUCAUUGAGCGUCAAUUUGGGAUUACUCACUUUGGAUGGAUACGACAGUAACGCUCGGCGGUAUAAACUGACAGCAGCAAAAGUGCAUCCACUGUUUGUCCCUUCGAAUCACAAACACGAUGUGGCCCUGCUGCUGCUGUCCAGCAAGGCUGAGCUUAGUGAUUUCAUACGACCUAUCGAUGUUGGCUACGGUGAAUCCCCUUGGAUCGAAUUUUUGGCCGGAUACCUGGGAACUGUGGUCGGCUGGGGUUUCACAGAAAUGGACGCUUUAUCGAACGUUCUAAUGGUCGCCCAGAUGCCCAUCGUUCGAUACACCGAUUGCAUCGAAAGCAAUCCGGACCUAUUUGGCCGGUUGAUACACGCCGGAAUGUACUGCGCGGGUGCCCAGAAUGGUACCAGCGUAUGCAACGGCGACAGCGGAGGAGGAAUGUAUGUGUACCAAAAUGAUAAGUGGCUCCUGCGGGGAAUAGUUUCAUUUUCGGCUACACGCAAUGAUACCAAUCUAUGCUAUAUGUACGGCUACGCAGGAUUUGUAAAUGUACCGUUCUACGCCAGGUGGAUCCAGCAGCAGCUGUUGGAUCACGAAAAAGGCUUGCAGCAGCAGCAGGAAGCCAGAGGUCCAAGAGCAGAAGAUCUGAACAAAGGCGGUGCUGUGAAGCCACGACUUGACGAAGCUCCAUCAACGGAACUUCCGGCAGCGAUAGUUCAGCAGCCGACAGAAAGCACAACGACCGCCAAACCCAUCACACCAAGGGGCUUACCGGUGUCGAUUCUGCCCCCGGAAUGUCUUCAGCAGCACAGUGACGUGAUUUAUGCCGAGCGUGAUUCGAGCGUUUCGUUACAUUGCCGACAUAAUAGCAGUGAAAAAAUUCAAUCCAUUCGGUGGUUCCAUAAGGGGCAGAAUAACCGAGUAAUCGAUAUUACGGCUCAGAAUGGUUUAGAUGUAAAUUCGGUCCAUGAAAUCGUAACACUACGGCAUCUUCAGGCUUACAAUUCCGGUAAAUAUUUCUGUCUUGUUCAGUAUGCGAAUGAAAACUUUACUGAUAGUAGAACGUUGGCCGUCACCGGUGGGAUACCAAGAUUUGAUGGCAGUGUGGAAGCUUCGUAUCUAAAGUUUACCCUAUUACUAAGGAAUGAUUAUUUGAAUUUGGUAAUUACCUUCAAGGCGGAGAAAAGCAAUGGCGUUCUUUUUCAUAAGGAGAGCGAAUGUGACAGGCAAUUUCUAACCGUUUUAUUAGUCGACAGCAUAAUUGCAUUUGAGUUUCGAGGCAGUAGAGGAAACAUUAUAAGAGGAAUUGCUGUCGAUGCUCCUGUGCGCUUGGAUCAAUGGCACAGAUUACAGAUAAAAAGUUUUCGAGACCGAGCAUAUUUGUCUUUGGAUGAUCGGUUGCUAGCGCUGUUCCAAAUGCCCGCUCCAAAUUCCAAUUGUGUGGAACAAAAUAUUUAUCUUGGGAGUCGUGGACAGAACAGCACCGGUUUUAUGGGAUGCAUUGCUGAGUUGGUCCUUAAUGAUCAAUCGAUUGAUCUAUGGAAGGAAUCAACCAAAAAGCACAACGUUGCGCAGUGUCAUCCAUGUUCGGCAACCCGUUGCGCAAAUGAUGGAGUUUGCAUAGAAACUAGCAAUGGAUUCAAUUGCGUCUGUAAGGAUGGUUACGUGGGAAAGUUUUGCUCACAACAAGGUCAAAGUUGCAAUGUGCGCAUUUGUAAUGAGGGCCUUUGCGAGGAGCAUGAAACCGGAUUCAGGUGCAUUUGUCCGGCCACUCGAACCGGUAAGCACUGUGAGCGUUUGAGCCACCUGAAUGCGAGUGCGAUUGCUUUCCAAUCCUAUGGUUAUGUCUUGUACAGGUUAAAAAUAAAACGAGAUUUCAUUAUGCAAUUCAACUUCAAGUCAGAAACGGUUGAACGGAGUCUAGUCGCUUAUUUAAUUGGCGAAAGCAGGGGUAUCAGUAAUUUCCUUGCCCUUGUCAUUGUGGAUGGUCGACUGGAGCUAAGAUUUGCAUGGGACAUGGAACUCCGACCGACGGUUUUAAAAUCUUCGAUUUUAUUGAUGAAAAACGCUUGGCAUACGGUGACCGUCGGCUGCGGUAAUGAAUUCGUCUACUUUAGCGUUGAUGAUGAGCUCGAACGAACCAAAGGUAUAUUCGGUGACUUGUUGGCGAGCGAUCGAGAUUAUUCGUUGUAUUUGGGAGGGAUCGAUAAGCAUUCCGUCGUGAACCGAUGUGCGGACGUGAAGCUUGGUUUCCACGGUUGCAUAGAUCAGCUCACGGUAUCUGAUGAAACUAUUAAAAUGACAGAGGAAUUUGUGGAUGCUAAAAACAUUGCAAACUGUGAAUCAAAUCGAAUUACUUAAAUUAAUAUUAUAAAUCAAGCAAAGCAAAUUUUUCAACUCUUGUA